AGCAGUAUUCGGAAGGAUUGGUUAAGCGGCUAGCUCCAAUGGCUGCACCGGUGGAAAAGCAGGCGGGUGGUUUAAGGUGGGGCGGGCCCACGUGUCGGCCGAAGUUGGGCGGCGCUUAGCCGAGAGCACUUGAGAGCGUCACGCUGCCAGCCUGCCCUGCCCUGCCAGGUUAAUCACCCCUGCUGGUGCUGGUGCUGGUGCUGGUGCUGGUGCUGGCGCCUCAACAAAAGCGGGCUGAGCCGAGUGCUGACUGCUGAGAGGCUCCACUCAGUCCCUGCUUGCCCACCAGCCUCCUGCCCCCCUCCCUUAUCUCUUCCUCCUCCCGGGCUCCUGCUCGGCACCUGCAGCAAAGGUGCCAAAGCUAGCUUCUUCAGGCAUCCUGCACCCAUAGCAGCACAAGAUGUCGACGGUGGUCAUGAGGGUGGAUCUCGAGUGUGACAAGUGCUGCAAGAAGAUCAGGAAGGUCCUCUGCAAGGUCCAAGACAAGGUGAGCAUCAGGACCAUCACCUACGACGAGAAGAGCAACACGGUGACGGUGUCAGGGCCCUUCGACGGCGACGAGGUCGCGGACCGGCUCACCUCCGACGCCGGCAAGGUCAUCACCGACAUACACGUCGUUGGGGGCUCCGGGCUCGGAGGCGGCGGAGGGAAGCAGAAGCACGCCGCCGCCAACGCCAGCGCCAAGGCGCCCAAGCCCGGCAAGGCCAACGGCCACGGCCACGGGCACGCCCAGGGCCAGGGUCAUGGCGGGCACGGAGGUGGAGGCCACGGCGGCGGCAAGCCGGAGAAGAAGCACGUCAAGUUCGACGACGACGACGACGACAUGCUGGACGACGACUUCGACUUCGACUUCGACAUGGGCAAGAAGCCGGAGGCCGGCGGGCACGCGCACCACGGGCACGGGCACGGCCACGGAAACGGCCACGGCAACGGCGGCAAGCCGAAGAUCGUGACCACCAACACCCCCGUGGCGGCGCGGCUGGAGGCUCCCCGCACCGGGCCCUCGAUGUCGAUGGCCGCGGCGGCGCCCGUGCGGAUGCCGGGGAUGAUGGCGCCGCCGAUGAUGCCGCAGCAGCCGCAGGCGACGGCCGCGCCGUCCAUCUGGCCGCCCGCCCCCGAGUGGGGCUACAGCACGCAGCCGUACGGCAGCUACGGCGGCCCGCCGGCCGGAGGGUACUACGGCGGGCCGGCGUACGGCCACGCCGCGUACGGCCCGUCGCCGUACGGCUACGGCAGGAGCCCCUACGGGCAGCAGUACUACGAGGAAGAGCCCAGCGCCGGGUGCAGCGUCAUGUGAUGUGAUCAGCUCACGCCGCACCUCAUCCCGUGGUCUCGCUCGUCGCCCAUGGCUCAUGGCUGGCCGGCGGCGAGGACGGAGGAGUACGGUUUGUUGAUUCUGUACUUCAGUUGUGCGCGUGAAAGAUUCGGCAGGAAGCCUUUCGAUUUCGGAGAUAUAGUACAGAGUAUAUGAAAGAUCUGCGACCUCGGGAUGUUUGUUCAUUAUUGUAAAAUUCAUAUAGUAGUAUAUGUUAGGGUGUAUAUUUUUCACUUCCUUAAUUUUGCUUUGCUCCAUGUGCUGUGUUGGACAGUGUCUUUGUAUUCUGUUCGUGUAGUAUCUUGGAGAGGUUAAGCUUUGUCACAGCAGAGUGAGUAGGUGUUUAAGUGUAGGACGAAGCGCCCUCUCCAAUGUAAAGAUGAACAACCGUAUGCACGCUACUCUUGCUGUCUCUGUCUGUUUAUAUAUAUAUUUGGUAAUUGUGAUACGAUGGAGCAAAAUUAAGUUAUUA